CAACCGUAAGACAUACAGCAACUUGAUGCCGAUGAGGCUCAGCCAAGCGGGCUCCCUCGGCCACCGGGCGUGCCGCGUGGCAAGGUUUCGCAUCGUGCGCUGCAGCUCCGCCGUCAGUAAGCCGGUCGCGACAGAUGCGCUCACCCAGUCGGCCACCGCCAAGCAAGAGGCGGGCAACAAACCGGAGACGGGCUUGAUCCUUGAUCUCGGGAUCCCGACCCUCCUUCCCGAGUGGCGCAAGAUGUUUGCGCCGUCGACCGUUGUGACCGACGUGACGGCGGGCAUCACCGUCGGCUGCGUGGCGGUGCCCCUCUCAUUGGCCAUUGCGGUGGCGAGCGGCGUUCCGCCUGAGGUCGGGCUUGUUAGCGCAGCGGUGGCGGGCGUGGCGGGCGGGCUGAUGGGCGGCACGACGCUCGCCAUCACGGGCCCGGCCGCGGCGAUCAGCCUGCUGGUCUGCGAGGCGGUGCAGACACAUGGUCUCGGCACGCUCCCCUUCAUCACCCUCGCGUGCGGCGGGCUGCAGCUGGCGAUGGGCGUCGCCCGCGGAGGCGGCAUCACCAAGUACGUGCCGGAGAGCGUCAUCGCGGGCUUCACGACCGGCAUCGGCGUCAUGAUCCUCGCCGGCCAGCUGCCAAAGGCACUCGACCUGACCGUACCCGCCGGCCUGAACACCGUCGAGGUGGUGCAGGCCGUCGCCUCCGGCAUCGGCGGCACCAACCCCGCGGCCCUCGCGCUCGCGCUGGGCGUGGUGGGCACCAUGCACGCCGCACCAAAGCUCCACCCGAAGAUCCCGUCGGCGCUCGUCGCCGUCGGCGGCGCCACGGCUGCCUCGCAGCUUCUCGGGCUCAGCGCCACGCCCAUCGGCGCGCUGCCGAGUGGCCUCUCUGCCUUCACGCUCUGCAUGCCGGCCUUGCCGGCGGCCGAGGCGCUGCCCUCGCUCUGCGGGACCAUCCUGCUGAUCUACGCGAUGACGAGUGCUGAGACGCGCCUCUCAUGCACGGCUCUCGACCGUCUGCGGCCGACCUCGUACAAGCACAACCCCGACCAGGAGCUCAUUGGGCAGGGCGUCGCCAACAUGACCGCUGCCGCCUUCGCGGGCAUGCCGGUCACGGCCGUCAUCGCUCGGUCGAGUCUCAACAUCAAGCUCAAGGCGCACUCGCGCCUGCCCUCCCUCGUGCAGUCGGCGUUUGUGUUUGGCUCGCUCGCGCUCUACUCUGACGUCAUCUCCGCUGUCCCCCUCUCGGCCCUCGCCGGCGUCCUCAUCUCCUCGGGCGCCGGGAUGCUGCAGCCAGCCGAGCUCAAGACGAGCCUCGCCGAGGACAAGUACAACCUGGGCCCGUACCUGGUCACUACGUGCGGCAUGCUCACGAUGGGCAUGGCGGAGGGGAUCGUCCUCGGCUGCGCGUCGUCGGCCGCAAAGCAUCUCGUCCAGCAGCGCCUCCUCGCGGGCGGCGGCGACUGGGUGGUCCAGGCGGCGGAGAGCCGCCUAAAGGACCCGCCCCCCUCGCCCGACACGCGAAAGGAGGCUUGACGUCUCCCGACUGGGCCGGAGGCCAGGCCCGCGCGCGCUGUCAGCUUUGGGCCGCCCAGUCAGCGCCUUGUGACCUGCCCGCCGCCCCGGCAGCUUCCCGCUCCCUGCCCCCCACCUCCGCCCACCUCCGCCAGCCAGGGGUGGGUGGGGACGUUCGGGAGAGAGCACCGCGCGUCUGCUGAGCCGCUCGUGGACGCGCGCGUAGUUUAGGGGCACACCAUCGCCGCAGUCCCCCCCCCCCUCCCCCCCCUGUGUACUAUUGAGCUUGUCGUCGCGAGGGCGCCCCUGAGGCGCCCCGCUCGCAAGACGUCCCAUCCAUGUGCCUAGAAGCGAGGGGGGAUUUUUGCAGGAGCGUGCGUCCGCGUGAUGGUGUGCACCUGUCUAGUAUAGAUUUCUUUAUUUCCAAUGACCGUGGUG